AUGCCACCCCCAACCAUAACAUCCGUCCACCUCAUCGGCUCGAUCCCCCUCGCAAACACCUCGGAAGUCCUGCGAACCGUCUCCUCGACCCUCCCGAACCGACUCAGAAGAAUCCCUGACGGAGAGACGGGCGAACGGCAUUACUUCACGCGCUGGCAGGCGCCGAAGAUCGGACAAUGGCCCGUCCUGGUGAAUUCGCUCUGUCGGGGCCUGAUGGGUUUGGAGACUGAGCUGCCGUCUUUUACCGAGGAUGAGAAAGGGAGGGUGUUGGGGGAGAUGGAGGAGAAGUUGGAGACGGGGUAUGACGAUGUUGCGUUGGAGAGUUGGGAGGUUUUCAAGCAGCUCAAGGCCGAAGGGGUGAUUGGGAGGGAUGUGAGGUUUCUCGUGGCGUUGCCUACGCCGCUGACGGUCACGGCGCUGCAUUGUCGACGGGAGUUUCAGGUGGGGUUUGAGAGGGUUUAUGAGGGGGCGCUGUUAAGGGCGUUGAGGAGGGUGAUGGAUGUUGUUCCCGCGGGGGAGUUGGCGGUUCAGUGGGAUUGUCCUUUCGAGAUGGGGAUUAUUGAGGGGGUAGAGUCUAAGGGGAGGGAUGUGGGGAAGUGGUGGGAGGAGGGGACGGUGGAUGGGGUGGUGGAGAGGUUGAAGGGAUUGUGCGAGGCUGUUGAGGAGGGAGUGGAGGUUGGUGUGCAUUUGUGUUAUGGCGAUAUGCAAGGUAAGCAUUUCGUCGAGCCUAAGGAUACCGGUGCCAUGGUCGACGUCGCGACAAGGUUUUUGGAGCACUGCAGAGGGUCCAUCGAUUACAUCCAUUUGCCAGUGCCAAGAGAUCGGAAAGACGACCGGUACUUCGAGCCGCUGAAAGGCCUCUUGCCAUAUGUCCAGGACGGCCAUGAGCUUUGCUUGGGCCUGGUGCAUCUAGAAGACCUCGAGGGGACCAAGGAGCGGAUCCAGGCUGCUGGUAAAGUUGUGCCUGCCUUCAGUAUUUCCAGCGAGUGUGGGCUCGGUCGCAAGUCUAGGGAGCAGGGUCUGAAUAUACUCGAGAUAGCAUCGCUCGUGUCAGGGAACGACUCGAAAGGCUGA